UUUACAGCACUUCCUCUUUAAGGAAUUCUCUGAAAAUUCACUAAAACACACAACAGACCAGAGCCACUACCCCGCACACCUCCUCUUAGGGGGAAGUGUUUUAAUAUGAACUUUUAACUGUAAUUUAUAACUGUGCGGACUGCAUGCAGCAAUGCUUUGUGUCGAUCAGAGGGAAGCAGAAAGUGGCAACUUGUAUUAGGCUGCUGCUGCUGAAGCUGAGAGCACAGAGCGUCACUCUGCAUCCGACAAUAGACAUGGCGACAGUGGUCCAGCCCCUGACAUUGGACAGAGAUGUUUCACGUGCUAUAGAGCUGUUAGAGAAGCUGGAGACAUCAGGAGAACUCCCAGUGCAAAAGCUGCAAUCACUGAAAAAAGUACUACAGAGUGAAUUUUGCACAGCCAUAAGAGAGGUGUAUCAGUACAUGCACGAAACCAUUCCCGUAAAUGGAUGCCCAGAAUUUCGUGCUCGUGCCACAGCCAAGGCAACCGUCGCUGCUUUUGCUGCAAGUGAAGGUCAUUCUCACCCCAGGGUAGUGGAACUGCCAAAGACUGAUGAAGGACUUGGCUUUAAUGUUAUGGGAGGCAAAGAACAGAAUUCCCCUAUUUAUAUUUCACGCAUUAUUCCAGGAGGAGUGGCAGAGAGACAUGGUGGACUCAAACGGGGUGACCAACUGCUUUCUGUUAAUGGAGUGAGUGUGGAAGGGGAACAUCAUGAGAAAGCAGUGGAAUUGCUUAAAGCUGCUAAAGACAGUGUAAAGCUAGUAGUGCGAUACACACCAAAGGUGUUGGAUGAAAUGGAAGCUCGCUUUGAAAAGCUGAGGACUGCUAGGCGGAGGCAACAACAGCAGCUAUUAAUUCAGCAGCAGCAGCAACAGCAGCAACAACAGCACACGCAGCAAAAUCAUAUGUCGUAGUUUUUUCUCGAGAAAAAAGCACUGACUUGAAAACCAACAAAAGAGCAAUUCAGCUGUGCUUCACCAGUCCAAAUGGUACAUGGUGCAGGAAACACAACAAAGAGGAAUCGUUCGGCAGAGAUGUUACAAAGUUUUCCCUACAUUGGUGGCCAUUUAGUAGAUAGCAAGACCUUUUGUUUUGGACUUCAACUAUUUGAUGUGAUCAUUUAAUUUAAUAUUGUACAAAGGAGAUAAAGAAGUAUGUUACUGAUAAGUUCAUUCUAUGUAGUUGGACCAGGUUGCCUGGAAUUAUCUAGAAACAUUCAUUUCUUUUCACUAGACACCAAACUGAAUCAGUUCAGUGCACUUACUAAAAAAGAUUUCCGUAAGCUACAAAAGAGCGACUGUUGGGAACUUUGUCAUCCAACUCUUGAGAAGGACAACUCCCUUUAAUGUCUGCUAGGACUUGCCAUUCAUAACUGUUGGAAGGCCAUUAGUUUGACCUCCCUGUGAUAAAAGAAUUCUGUACUGUAUAUUGUAUAACUGACAUGCUGUUUGUAAUAAAAUUCAAUAUUUUUCCUUACAAUAGUAAGUUAUUACAUUUAUACCGUUUUUAGAAACAGCAGCAUCACUUGUGUUUUAUAUGUUAAACUCAAGCAAUGUUCAGUACUGUAGCUGCUGCAUAGUUAGGGAAGAGAUCUCUUUCUUUACAUAUAAGUAGUAUGUAGCAAUUCUUAUCAUAUUAUAUAUAUAUAAAUAUAAGAACACCGGUAUUAUUGGUUCUUAAGUGUUCUAAUAGAUUUUAUUUUGUUUUUAAUGUUUAUUACCUACAUUAUAUAUAUAAAUGUCUGCCCAGUGUUUACAAAGCUUAUUUAUUGUCAGUAUUAAAUAUUUUUUAAUUAUA